AUGCGCGCGGCGAGCCUGUGCACGGCUUUUGCUUUUCUCCUGAGCUGUGUCCACUCUGCGUCCGUGGAUCCAAAAGGCUCUCCAGCAGCCCAGCUUCUCCUCCCUGCUGGUCCCAAAGGCAGGAACCGUGUCAGAGAUGGGCUUCCAGCUCCAGCCUCAGCCCGGAGGAAGCGCUGGCACUCGGUGGAACCUCACGACUACAUGCUGUCCAUCUACAAGACCUUCUCAGCUGCGGAGAAGCUGGGGCUCAACGCGAGCUUCUUCCGCUCCUCCAAGGCCGCCAACACCAUCACCAGCUUUGUGGAUCAGGGGCAAGAUGACCCCUCGACCUCCCCGCUAUGGAAACAGAAGUAUUUGUUUGAUGUCUCGACCCUCUCCGAUAAAGCGGAGCUGCUGGGCGCCGAGCUGAGAAUCUACACAAAAGUCUCUGGAAGCUUCCAGGCGUCUGAAACUGGAACUGUGGAGCUUCAGCUCCUGUCCUGCCAGUCCCACAAACUGCUGGACUCCAGAACUUUGGAUCUGGAGAACUCUCACAAACCGCGAUGGGAGGUUCUAGAUGUGUGGGACAUUUUUGCUGAGCGUCACCUCCACUCACAGGGGAAGUACUUCUGCCUGGAGCUCAAGGCCACCCUCGACAACCCUGAGAGGGACGUGGACCUGCAGCAUCUCGGGUUUCACCGACACGCUCGCCCGCAGCAGAAGAAAGCCAUCCUGGUGGUGUUCACCAGGUCAAAGAAGAGGCAGAGCCUUUUCUAUGAGAAACGGGAGAAGAUUAAGCUGUGGGGGCCUGAGCGGGUGGGAAAGGAGAAAGCUCCUCGCUCGAAACCUCGGCGGAAGCGGAGAAACGCGCAGAAGAACCGUCACGGCAAGAGGCACGGCAGGAAAUCCAAGUCCAGGUGCAGCAAGAAGCCCCUGCAUGUGAAUUUCAGGGAGCUGGGCUGGGACGACUGGAUCAUAGCCCCCUUGGAUUACGAGGCGUACCACUGCGAGGGCAUCUGCGACUUUCCCCUUAGAUCCCACCUGGAGCCCACCAACCACGCCAUCAUCCAGACUCUGAUGAACUCCAUGAACCCCAGCAACAUGCCCCCCAGCUGCUGCGUGCCGUCCAAACUCAGCCCCAUCAGCAUCCUGUAUAUAGAUGCUGGGAAUAACGUGGUGUAUAAACAGUAUGAGGACAUGGUGGUGGAGUCAUGCGGAUGCAGGUGA